CUCGCCUCGAGAUUGCCGAACUCGGCAGGCUUCGGAUUCUAAGCUGAGGUGACCUUGGAAUUCCUGUUCGGAGACGACUGCUCAUUUCAGUCACUUGCUUGUUCACUCAUCCGCGUGUUCUUCCUUGGGGAUUCACUGUUAGGGAUUCGUGUGUCGUCGAUGUGUCAGUCAUUCUCGUGUUCACUAAGCGACGCUGUCUUGGGCAAUACUGUAUAUUGCUACCAUUACCUUAGCCUUGUUAGGGUUAGCGCGUAUUGCUGAGGCGUUUGCCGACUCAACUUAUAUGCACUGUCGCAAAGGAAAUAGGUCUCUAAGAGUCCGUCUGACACCUUCAUCGUGCUAGCACACGUUGGCAACUUCUCUUCCGUACUAUACGAAACCGUGUUAGUUGCUUAGGUAUAUCUCACGAAGUAGGGUGGUCUUCGCCAUUGUACUAUCGGUCAUUGUCACAUUGUAACAACCGCGACAACCGCGUGUAACAUGGCGGACGAACAGACGCAACAAGCGCUCGAGACGGAGCCACAACCACCCUCGCCAACUCUCUCGGAGGAGUUCGGCGGCGAUUUUAUCAUCUACAACCGGCCGCCGAUCAAGGAGGUCUGCCUCGCCUUCCUCCUGCUGGCGCUUGGAGCCCUCGGGAUCAUCGUAGGGUCAUGGAUGACGUACAACAAAGUGUGGGGGGAUCGAUCUCACGGGAUUUCGUUUAUUAUACUCGGCAUCUUGCUCUUCAUUCCGGGUUUUCACGAAAGCCGCAUUGCGUACUUUGCUUUCAUUGGGUACAAAGACUUCUCAUUCUCCAAUAUUCCAGCAGUCUAGUCCACCCCACCUUUGUGAUGCCCUUUAUAUUAUGAAUCUUCCGAUUUGCUAAAGUUACCGAAUGUCUCUUCUACUGUCGGCUUGAAGUUGGCGAAUCUUGUACCGAGGAUAUCCAGCUUCAAUUCUCAGCCACAAACGGCCUGCAGCGGUCCACCUUUUCGUCUGGCUGCCACGCACUGCCAUUCUGGCCUCUCAUUGCUUCUCCUCGCCAGGACAACAGACCGCUCUCAGUUCCUUCAACAACUCCUAUCACCACUCUUCGCCGCUGUCGUUGACGCUGACACAACAGCAGGUUGUCCUCAGCGAGGGUUCUUCUCAGGGGAACUGGUUUUGUUGAAGUCAGCAACUCCAUUGCGGUAAACAGCCUCUUGUUUGGCAAACAUCGGCCAACCAGCUGCUGUGUUUCCUAAUGCAAUAUUUCCCGCCUUAGCUUCAACAGAGCUGUGACCUUACCAGUCUUUUGAAAGCUGAAGUGCCGUCAGCUGCAUCAUCAGCUCUCAGCAGAGAGCAAAUUCCUGCAUUAGGAAUCAAAAUGGCGUCAGCAGCUCUUCAGCCAACCCUUGGACUUGCCAGGCGCGUCGUAGUACACUAUGACGGUCGACGACCGCGGGACCGCUUCCCGCAUUUCAGGCCACACGCUUCGUGCGAGCGGAUGAGGUCUUUCAAUCUCAAGCCGCAGCAGGCACGCCUCGUGUCGCAUUCUUCGAACACACCCGACGGAUAUGUCAGGAAACAGCUGACGAGAACUAGUUGCGAUGCCAGGCCAGCAGCUUCGAGCAGGAGCCAGAACUCAGUGUGUCGGUCGGUAGCUGUAUCUGCUCCUCCUUCUCCCCUUCCCCCCUCCUCCGCGCCGUUCUCUCCCCCGCCUCCGCCGUCUCCCGAGUUUUCCCCUCCAGAAGGCGACACAGCGGGCGCGGCAUUUCUACUAGAAGAUGUGACUCUAUCGGCGGGCGAUCGCGACCUGCUCUCGCUAGUGUCAUGGCGCGUGAUGCCCGGAGACCGGGUGGGCCUGGUGGGAUCGAACGGGUGCGGCAAGUCGACGCUGCUGCGAGCGCUGAUUGGACGGCAGCUGGUGGACGGCGGGAGGGUGAUUGUAUCGCGGGGAUCGCGGAUCGACUACCUGGAACAGACCGCUGUGUCAGGGUCCCAGAGAACCGUGUGGGAGGAGGCGAGCUCGCGCAUGGACGCUCUUAACCAGGCAGAGGCUGACAUGCAUGCAGCGGAGGCUGAGCUGACGGAUAGCGAGGCUGACGUGGCAGAAGACGGAGCUGAGGAGGCGGCGGAGAGGGAGAGAGCGCAGGAGCAGGCUGCGAUCCGAUUCGUGGAGGCGCAGAUGCAAUUUGAUGCGAUUGGAGGAGCGAAGAAGGCAGAGAUCGUUUCUAGUGUGCUCAAAGGUCUCGGGUUCGACUCCUCCAACUGGCACAAUCCCUGUGACUCCUUCUCUGGAGGAUGGCAGAUGCGAAUCGCCCUGGCCAGGCUGCUUCUGGGGCAGGCGUCAGCUGCAGCAGCAGGGCAGGGGGGGAGGUCGCUGCUGCUACUUGACGAACCUACCAACCAUUUGGAUGCCGCUGCCAGGGCGUGGCUGGCAGACUAUUUAUGCCGGGUGCAAGCAGCCCUGGUGGUGGUAAGCCACGACCAGACCCUCCUGGACCGCGUGUGCCAGAAGAUAGUCGAAGUCCGCGGGUCCCAGCUGCACCACUACUCGUGCUCCUUCUCUAAAUUCCUCGUGGAGAGGGAGGAGAGGCGGCGGCAGAGGGAGCGCGAGAUGGAGGGCAAGAGAGGCGAGAUGGCGAAGUUGGAAGGCUUUAUCAACCGGUUUGGGGCCAAGGCCACCAAGGCCGCUGCUGCGAAUUCGAAGAAGAAGGCGCUGGAGAAGAUUAGAGCGACCAUGCCUGAUGAAGACGAGGAGGAGGCAGCCUUUGCGAAUGACGCAGGCGGGGACAGGAGGAAGGUGGCGGUGAGGUUCCCCCCGCCCCCCCCCUGCGCCCGCCAAGUCAUCAUGCUCAGACGCGCUGCCGUUGGCUGGGCUGGUGCCACGUCAGCUCUGAUUGAAAACGUCAGCUUCAGCAUUGAGACCGGCACGAGAACUUUGAUCGUUGGUCCGAACGGAGCCGGCAAGUCAACCCUGCUGAAAGCUAUGGCAGCAGGGGCGGGCGCCGAGCUGAUGGGAGGAGAGAGGGAGACAGGCGAGGGGGCGAGCCUAGGUGUGUUCUCCCAAGACCUGGCACAGGACUUGCCUCAAGAGAUGACUGCUCUGGACUAUGUGCUCAGUGUCGCCAGGGAGCACAACCCUUUGGUAACCAACGAGCAAGGCCGUACCGCCCUGGGGACACUCGGCCUAUCCGGCCCUGCUGCCCUUCGACAAAUAGCGGCGCUGUCGGGAGGGGAGAAGGCGCGGGCGGCGUUGGGUGGACUGUUGCUGCGGCCGCACAACGUGCUGCUAUUGGAUGAGCCGUCCAACCAUCUGGACAGAGCCACUAUGAUGGCAUUGGCGACGGGCUUACAGCAGUUCAAAGGUGCGGUGGUGGUGGUCUCUCACGACCACGACUUCUGCGAUCUCUUCCAGCCCACGCAGCUCAUCCGCAUCGACGGCUCCGGAAGCUGCGCCUUUGAGCUCCUACCGCAAGAUGUGACUGCAGCGGAAGGUGACAAUACCGGUGGCAACGGCGCUGCUGCUGCUGCUCCAUCUGGUGGUACUGGUGGCAAGCUGGCGGGUCUAGCAGGGAUGGGAGGAUUGGGAGGAGGGGGAGGGAAAGGAGGUGAGGUGGCGGGGAAUGGUGUAGCGUCGGAGGCAUUUCAACGGGGUAUGGAGGUGAAGCUGAAGAAGAAGCUACAACAGGCACGAACCAAGAUCCAACGGACACUCGCCACUUUGGAGAAGGGGGAGGCAGCCAUUGCAUCGUAUGAUGAAGCAAUGUUGGGAGCUGGGAGCGAUGUGGAACGUGUGAUGAAGGUUCAGAAGAUGAAGGAUGCUGCUCUUGUGAAAAUGUCGGAACUAGAGCAACAAUGGGAGGAGCUGGAAGAGGAGGCUACGCAACUGCAAUUGAGGCUGAAUUCUUUGGAGCCUUCGAGGUAGGUAUGCUUGAGUUGUAGCCUUUCUCAGCUUGCCAGGCCAACAUGCAUUAUAUCUACCUGAGCAGUCCAUUAUGUUUUUGUCAUUAUACGGUUAACUUGCGAGGCUACACUUGACUGUAGAAACUACUUCGAAGUGUCAAUUCCGUUAAUUGGUUCAGACUAAUACAAUAU